UUGACAGCUACCUGUUGCUGGUGGACGCCUAUCUCGCGAGUUCCCUGCAAUUUUCAGAGAAUUUACCUGUUUUUCGCUUCUUGAGUGUGUACAUUUGAUCACCCUUGCGUGUGUGAUGGUCUCGCGGGCGAAACUGAAGCAUGGAUGUGACGGCAAUGACGCGCAAAGAUGAGAAAACGGAGGUCCAACAGAGUGUAAACAAGCGCGUCCUGGAUGCGGACGAGGAGGUGAGCCUGAGUGAAAUCACCAUUGAGAUAGGAGAUGAAGUGCAGACCCUGUACGUGGGGCCAGUGGAAAUCUUCCCCGAGGACGAGGAGCAGACAGGAGAGUUGACCGGGAGCAGCCUGAAGCAGGAGGACGCCACGAGUUCCAGUGACAGCGGCAUUGAGAAUUGUGUGGACGAAGUGUCGGUGAGAGAAGAGACUGUUAUUGAGGACAAUUGUGGUGAAAGUGAGCCGAAGAGGAGACAGCGGAGGAGGAGGAACAAAGUGAGUCCAGGGAGGUGGAUUGCCAACGUGUACGCGUGUGACCAGUGCAGCAGCACCUUCUCCCGCGAGUCCAGUCUCAACUCGCACAAGCAACUCUUUCAUGGGCCCAGCGCUCUGGCGAGGAAGCGCCAGAAGCGGUCCAGAGAGACAGUGAAGAAGCUAAAGUGUCCGAAGUGUGAAUUGACUUUUAAGAUGGAUGUGUGGUUCAAGAGACACUUGGCGAAAGCUCAUCAGAUUGACGAGGAGGUGCCUGAAAAGGCGCCCAAGAAGAGCAGCAAGGAGGAUUACGAAGUUUCUUCCACGAGGAUGCUCACGAUGAAGAUCAAGAAGCGUCCGGACAACGGGAAAUCGCGUGGAAAGCAGUCAAAGCCUUCAAAAGGAAAGAUAAUCCUAGGACUUGCUGAGGAGGAGACGAGUUCCUCAGUUUCCCAGGAUGCGUCUAAUGAGGAGGAUCGCUCUAAGAGUGACGAAAUGGACCUGAAGCUGGAAUUUGAUGAGACUGACAUGUCACGAUUCGUGGCAGCUGCCGAUGAUGAUGAAGAUGACACUCCCUAUCUUGUGGAUGUGAUUGAUGAUGACGAAGAGGAACAGCAGGCAUCACAAGAGGAAGAGAAGGAAGCCCCGGGGCGUCCCAAGAGAAAUCUCAAGCGCUCUCCGCAACUACUGGAGCUAAAGAGUAUCGCUGAGAGUCAAACGGAGAGAACUCGCGCAGCCAAGAAGCUGAAGAAGGUCACGGAAAUCUCCAUAAUUGACCAAAUGUCUGGCAAUUCGACUGUUGUCACCUUGCCACUAAUGGAGGCCAAUGUGGAGAAGUUUUUGGCGAGCGGAAAGAAUGACACGAGCAAGGGUGCAGAUUCUGGGGAGGGUAAGAAGUACUCUUGCAAGAUCUGCGGAGCUGCGUUCUCCAGGAGAUACUCUCUGGGACCGCACAUGAUGAGGGUUCACACGAAGGAGAAGUCCAAAUCCUGCGCAAUCUGUGGGCGAUCCUUCACAGCGACUGGAGAUCUAACGCGACAUGUUAGAACUCACACCGGCGUGAAGCCAUUCAAGUGCACUCAUCCUGGCUGCACCUUCAGCUUCGUGUCGUCAGGAGAUCUGUACAAGCACAAUCGGCGCCAUCGACAGGACGUGGAGCCCAUCCCUAAGCCACACGUGUGCAGCGUUUGCUCGCGCGCCUUCGAUCGCUCUUACGAUCUCAAGCGCCACAUGGCGAGGCACCAGCUGGCUGAUCCCGCCUUCAAGGGUCUGGAGUGUGACAUCUGCCAUCGCAAGUUCAGCCGGCGGGAUGAAUUCAAGUCACACACUUACCGCCAUUUGGGCCUGAAGCCCCACAAGUGCCACGUGUGCGGAAAGCCCUUCUCCGAUGCCAGCAACUGCGCCAAGCAUGUCAAGGUUCACGGGCCUCUGACCUUUGGCAAUGCCGGGAAUCCGCUGGUCUGUCCGCUCUGCAAUUCGUCGUUCAAGAACAAAACUGCAGUUUCGCGCCACAUGGCGAAUUGCUCCAUGCGCCUGGGCGUCGUGCAGAGCGUGCCCCAGCCAGAACCCCAAAUGUCCGUGGUGUGAUUU